AUGGUUUAUGGAAUCUGGUGGAAAAGGGAAUUACGAUUCUUGAUUUGGAGAAGAAAAAAGAAAGCUGGGGAAGCUUUAGAAGAUGAGGUUGAUGAGAAAAUGGCUGAAAUCUUCAUGAAAGAUGCAAAAGCUCUGGGUAUCAUACAAAACGCAGUUUCCAAUCAAAUCUUCCUUUUUAUCGCCAACGCAGACUCAGCUAAAAUGGCAUGGGAUCUGUUGUAUGGAGAAUAUCAUGGUGGUGACCAAGUUAGAUCAGCAAAACUUCAAAAUCUCAGACGUGAAUUUGAAUACACUAGUAUGCGUGAUAAUGAGCCUCUAUCUGAUUAUCUUACACGAUUGAAUGAGUUGAUUAAUCUGAUGAAAACAUUUGGUGAGAUUCUUUCAAAUGAGACUUGUUCAAAAGGUUUUGUAGUCUCAAUAAAGCAUAUGAUCCUAUAUGUCUUGAGAUUGAAAACACAGAGCCUAGAGACUGUAGAAUUGCAGGAAGUGAUUGCUAUUUUGAAAAGCCAAGAACAGUGGUUCGAUUUGCAUAUUGUUGAUACAGCUGAGAAAGCAUUUGCCUCAUACUCUGGGAGUCCAAAAGGGCAGAACAAGGGUGGUGCUCAAUCUGGUUCAUCCAAAUUUCAGAAGAAUUGGAAUCCUAAGGGUAAACAAUGGGAAUCAAAACCCAAAUACAAGGGGAAGCCUAAGUGCUAUAACUGUGAUAGAUUUGGUCACUUGGCUAGAGAAUGUACUUCAGGUAAGAUAGUGCAAAAGGCAAACUGUGCUAGCCAAAUGGAGGUGACAGGGAACCUAUUCUAUGAAAGUAGUGCAAUAACUGAGGCAAAGAUAAAUGGAGAGUGGUACAUUGACAGUGGUUGUAGGAAUCACAUGGCUAGAAAUGUGGAGCUCCUUGUUGAUAUAAGGACAAAUGUGGCAGAAAGGUUCAAAUGCCAAUAG